UGGUGCAAUCAAGGCCAUGUUGCAGGAUAUAGUAAUAGGGAGGACGGACACAACAACAACGAUGGUGGAGUGGGUCAUGGCAGUGUUUCUUGAAAAUCCAAAGGUGAUGAAACAGGUCCAGAAUGAAGUAGACCAUAUCGUCGGACUAAAUUCUACUGUGGAAGAGCUCCAUACACCGAAAUUCACCUAUUUGGACGUUGUUGUGAAGGAGACUUUACGUCUAUACCCUCCACUGCCACUGCUCGUCCCUAGGUGUUCAACUGAAAAUUCACAGGUGGGCGGCUACACAAUCCCAAAGGGCACCAAGGUCUUUCUGAAUACAUAUGCAUUACACAGAGACCCUCAGCUUUGGGACAAUCCGUUGCAGUUCAAGCCUGAGAGGUUCCUCGGACCAGGUUCAGGCUCUGGAUUGGAUUACACUGGGAAUGAUUAUGUGUUUCUACCAUUUGGGUCAAGAAGGAGAAUCUGUGCUGGUAUUCCCCUGGCUGAGAAAAUGUUGUUGUACAUUUUGGCCUCACCAUUGCAUUCCUUCAACUGGCGGCUUCCUGAAGGUGAAAAGCUGGACUUGUCGGAUGAGUUCGGAAUAGUCACCAAGAAGAAGACUCCAUUAAUUGCUGUCCUAACUCGGAGGCUAUCCAACUCUUAGCUUUAUCAUUAAAGCUUGGAGAAUGUUGAUAAAUCAUACGGAGUGAUACACUUGUAAUUUCCGUAUGUAUGUUUACGUUUUUAGCUAGUUUUGGUUGUUUAAGUAUUUCGGAAAUUACACACUUUUGGUGUAAUAGUUUAGUUUGUUGAAUUCUUGUAAUUUGUUUAGAUUAGGGUCAUUCUGAGCUCAAACAGGUCUACCAUCACUCAAAGGACAGUUGGUGAACCCCAAAAGUGAAGGAAGGUGCAAGAGUACAAGACAAAAAGAAGGAAAAAUCCUGAUUUUGGUCUAUACUCGGUCGAGUAUAUACAUAUACUCGAUCGGGUAUCUGGUUGACAUUUCAAAUCGGAUCGGAUCCGAAAACAAAGGAACAUGCAGGAGAAGAUUUUCCCACGUUCGAGUGUCUAUACCCGAUCGGGUAUACUUAUAUACUCGAUCGGGUAUACAUAUAAAAUCUACUCGAGUAUUGAUCGAGUAUUGACCAAAUUCUGAUUUCUAUACAUACUCGAUCGAGUAUGUAUACAUACUCGAUCGAGUACUCGAUCCUGCACCUCAAAAAGCCUAUAAAUACACCUCCUUUCCUUCACUUUUAGAGCACCAAUUCCUUUAUACUCUUAAGCUCAGUUUAGAAUAGCAUUUCUCUAUAUUUCUUUUAGCAUGUUUAGUCUCCAAAUGAGGAGCUAAACUUCCAUUUCUUGGUAUUGCUCUUGAAGCUUGUUGAUUAUUAAAGUUGUGAGUUAUUUUCUUAACUUCUUUUCCUUGAAUAUUAAUUCUUCCUUUAAAUACUAUUUCUAUAUCAAUGUUGGGGAGUGUUACUAAGAUGACAAUUAGUUAACAUCUUGACAUUGGUUUUAGUAAUAGCUAUUCCUUCCUCUAUGUUAAUAUCGGGGAGUGUUGCUAAGAUGACAAUUAGUUAACAUCUUGAUAAUUAACCAUAGUAGGAUUCAUUCCCUUUAAUAUUCUUCCUUGAGUAUUAAUUAAUUCCUAUUCAUAUUUCAUAUUAAUAUUUUGAACAUUACUUAAAGGAUCAACUAGUUUUGUUUCAUAUAUUAAUUAUUACUAGAAAUGAUCAACGAACCGAUGGUUAAUCGUUGAUAGUUUCACUAGUAAGUAACUUCGGUUUAUUAAUGCACGGUCGUGGUUAAUAAACUUAAGAGGGAUUAAUUUUGUUGGUUAAACCGAAACCGUUGUGUUGAGGUUAUCAAUCUCAAUUGAUUUCAUCAAGGAGUUAAGAGAUUAAAUGCUACUAUCAAGUAGGUAUAUGGCGUUGUUCUAUACUUGACUAAUAGUAAGGGUUAUUAAUGAACGGUCGUUGUUAAUAACUUUCCUCGAUGAAUUGGAUAUACUCCUCGAUUGAGUAUUCGAGAGGAGAUAAGUUAUAGAUAUAACAAUGAUCGACUAAAAUAUAUCAACAAGUGGAAAGUAGCAAUGCCAAGUCACUUUUAUCUUUGAAUUAAAUCCCAUAUAACUCGUUCAUCUUCGUGUUUAAUUUAAUUAAAUCACUCAACAAUCAAAACCCCCCUUACUUACUAUUUAUAUAAAAAGAGAAAUAUUCCUUUCCCUGCGGAUACGAACCUUACUACGCUAUACUACGUAUUAGUGCUAGUAUUGAAUAUUAUUUUGAGUGCACUCACGACAAAGUGCACGUCACGGAGUAAGAAAGUAGUGCACUGAAUUCUAUGCAAUGUUAGAUGAUUGGACUCAUACUACAUGUAAUACUCACAAUAUUAUUAUUUAUUGGGUUUAAUGUGUGUCAUAUGCUAUCUAUUAUUUAGGCCCUUAAAUUGCUAUGUACAGCCUCUAAAUUAAA